AUGUCGAAGAAAACAGAACAAUUAAUUAAUUUGUAUACACAUAGAAUAACAACAGCAGAUAAACCAUGUUUUAUCUGUAAUAAAUUUACUACUUCUGUUUUAAGAACUGAUAAUGGACUAGAUUGGUUUUAUACUUGUGAAAGCCAUUUAAGUGACAGAGGAUUUGCUACUCCUGUACCAGAACCCAAACCUGAACCAACUAUAGUUGUUCAAUCAACAAAAAUAAAAGGAUCGCAAAAAGAAGAUUCUGCAAAGUCUAAAUCUGAUUCCGCCACUAAUCAAGAAGAGAAAGAUAAAUCAAAAGAACCUACAAAAGAAGGAAAGGAAGAGGAAAAAGAAGAAAAAAAGGAGGAAAAACAACAGGUUGCAACUCCCAAACCUUCAAUUAAACCACAACCACCCAGACCAACUAAGCCUAAACAGUAUGUGUUACAUAGAAAUAUUUUUUAUUUGAGACAAGACAAUUUAAAUAAAAAACGUCAAAAAGCGGAAACUCAGAUUCUUUUAAGUAAAUUACCGAGCGUGCCUAAAACUUUGCAAUAG